AUGAGCAACAGAAUCCCUGAGAUGGACGAUCCUGAUGAAUUUCCGUACUGUAUCUGGUACCCUGAAACCGCAUCUGAAGCAACGUACCGCGCUCUGGCCGUUCGAUACCCCCAGAUGAAAUACCAGAUCGGGAGAGCCUGCGCCGUGGCUGGAUAUGUCGGCCUUUUCGGCGAUCUUGACCUCCUUCCCGAAUGCCAUAUUGCUGAAGAAGCCCGUGAGAAUCAGCAAUGGGAAAUUUACGACGCCAUCAUGAAGGCUGAUGUUCGGUAUAACGCCAUGGAUGACUAUACGCGGACUGUCUUCAGUCAGCCAUCCAAGGGAUACCUGAAUGGCGAUACUGCAGUGCGGUCAUACCUGGACAUCAAGACCGAGUUUAAAGCUCCGCCUGACUGGGAUGAUUUUCCUCUCCCCGGUAAUCGGAGACAAGGUCAAUUUGACAUCGCGGAAGACGAUCCAAUCAAUGCCCGCUUUAUUAUGAACAACGAUCUCUCGCGGAUCACUCCGGAAACAACGCUACUCCCAUACUGCAUUUGGUAUCCAUCCGUUCCACAUCCUUCAACUUGCAAGGAACUCUUCCGCCGUCUGCCGUCUAUGAAGCCUGCAAUCGCAAAAGCCUGUAUUCUGGCAGACUACCCCGAAACCUGGGAUUUUCUAGACGUGGACCCAGAUGAAAACCUAAUGAUGGAUGCACGGCAAAGCCACAACCCCAAAUACCUUCGUGAUCUCGAGUCCAAACUUCCGGAGCGUGGAUGCGCUCAGUAUCCGCGAGGAUACACACCAUUAGAGACCCGCGCUAUCCCCCGUCACGACAUGUUUGAGCCUACCUUAAUCGGGAUGAUAAGCCCAAACGUCACCUUGACCCCAAGCGCCGACAUUCAUUCUGGGGUCCCUUACAACGGAAGAUGCGUAAGCAUGGCUCACACUGAGCUCACCGUUGGCCUUCCUGACGAGCUGCAGAAGCUAGCUAAGGAACUUUGGGACAGGGAUUACACUGCUAUUGAAUUUGAUGACAAAUAUUAUGCAUCUCUGGUGAACAAGAAUGAAUGA